CCCGAUUAUUUGAAACCCUAAGCCUUCAAAAAGCUGGCGGCAAUUUCCUUUAUAAUGUUCUUUAAACAUAUUCAUCAUCGUUUUCUCACAUUUCAUUUUCUUACGAGGCUUUUCUGAAAACCUAGCGUCUCUUCUUCCUGCUCAACAAUGGAGUUUUGGGGUGUCGAAGUCAAGGCUGGUCAGUCACUUAUUGUGAAACCUGGAAAUGAGAAAUUGAUUCAUCUAUCACAGGCAACGCUAGGUGAAAUAAAGAAGGACAAAGCAAGUGAAAACGUGACUAUAUUUUUGAAAAUUGGUGACCAAAAGCUUGUUCUGGGAAUUCUCUCUGCAGAGAAGUUUCCUCAGCUAUCAUUUGAUCUUGUGUUUGAGAAGGAAUUUGAGCUCUCUCACAAUGGGAAGAGUGGAAGUGUGUACUGUGCCGGAUACCAGGCUUACGGGGAUGAUCAUGAACACGAUGGUUAUAUUGAUUCUGAUGCUGGCUCAGAUGAUGAAGAACUUCCCUUGGCCUCUGCUCAGAAUGGAAAACCAAGCUCGAAGGAUGUGAAACCUGGUUUGGUUGAAAGUAAUAAUGCAAAAAAAGCUUCUCUGAAGAAGCCUUUGAAACCAAGCAAGGAUGAGGACGACGUUUCUGAGGAUGAUGAAUCUGAUGAUGAUGAAGAUUCUGAUGACGAAUCUGAUGAGGAAAUGCUUGAGGGUGACAGCGGCGAUUCUGAUGAAGAAGAUGAUGACUCUGAAAGUGAUGAGGAGACUCCGAAGAAGGUUGAAUCAGCCAAGAAGAGGUUGAAUGAGUCUGCCACCAAGACGACACCCCUUCCCGCUAAGAAGGCGAAGUUAGCUACGCCCGAAAAGACUGAUUCAAAGAAGGGGGCCCAUACCGCGACUCCCCAUCCAGCCAAGAAAACUGGUAAAACUCCUGCUGCUAAGUUGGAGACCCCAAAAUCUGGUGGCCAGUUCUCUUGCAAAUCCUGUGACAGGUCGUUCGUUUCCGAUGGUGCACUUCAGUCGCACAGUAAAGCUAAGCAUGGGGCUAAGUAAAACGAAGAGUGGCAUAUAUUUUAACAGGUUUAAUAUGUUUUUUUCUAGAUAGGUUGAAAUUUUGUUGAGAGUUGGGAAUGUAGAACGAGAAAUAUGACUGUUCAACCUGAGGGAGAUUAAUUGAUUUUGAUAAACGUGUGCUUGUUUGUUGGUCUAGUUAUGGUGUGUACUCGCAAGUAUUAUUCUUCCAAACAAUGAAUGUAGAAUUGCCCCCUGUUCAUGGGCUUUGCA